UUUACACACAGCCAGUAUUCAUUUUCGACGACUGGGUUUCUCUACUGAUGUUUAGCGCUGCAAUACUGCCCAAACGGUUGCAGAGCAUUCGCUCAAUUCGCAUCAUAUGGUAUGAUGACCUUGACAUUAGCCCAGAGGAUCCCGCUUUUACAUGGCCACAGAGGGCGACCUAUCGUUAUCUCUGGUUCUGGAAGAGAGUUGUAAGAAAUCCAAAUUUACCGAGCGUAUUGGAACGUCUGCACCAUGUGCCAAACCAAGCGCAAAUAAGUCAAAGUUGGAAGAUUGAUAUUUAGGGAUACAUUGUUCGACUACUGGCUGGGAUGCGAGGUCUCCACACCUUUCGACUGGACACUGAUGUUGACCCCGAAUUCAAAAUAAUCAAAGUCAAUGGCCAUGUCUUCGCACCCAAGGUUUGGAGCGAUAUGAACACCCUUUUUCAGAGCCGUAACUGGGUUGGGUUCGACAUGGUUGCCAGACACGAUCCCGUUCCAGACUCUACGUAUGUUGAUACCUUGCGGACAAUGUAUCGGUUUGUCAGGUUGCAUGAGGAAGCGGUAGAGGAAGAGGAAGAGGAAGAGGACAAAGACGAAGGUGAGGAUGAGGACGAGGACGGGGACGAAGAUGAGGAUGAGGACGAGAACGGCGAUGGGGAUGGGGACGGGGAUAGGGGUGAGGACAAGGAUGGGGAUGAGGAUGAAGAAUAG